CGAGACAGUAAGCAGCAUGAACAUGUUCUCCUGUUGGACUUCUCCAUCUGACGAUGACGAGCCGCACAGGCGGGUAAACGAACCGGAGAAGAAGAGAAAAUGGUGGCAGAGACGCCAGAAGGUGGAGAUGCAGGACGUAGAGGGUGGGGAGGGAAGCGGGGUAAAGGGUGAAGAGAUGGGGCAAGGAGUGGAGCAGAAUGUUUUAGAGGACCAGGCAGACCAAAUACCAAAGAUGGAGAAGCAGGUGGUUCUGGGAAAAACCAAACCUGAGAAGAAAGUAAAGAAGAGAAAAUGGUGGCAGAGACGCCAGAAGGUAGAGAUGCAGGACGUGGAAGGUCAGCAGGGAAGCGGGGUAAAGGGUGAAGAGAUGGGGCAAGGAGUGGGGCAGAAUGUUUUAGAGGACCAGGCAGACCAAAUACCAAAGAUGGAGAAGCAGGUAAAGAAGAGAAAAUGGUGGCAGAGACGCCAGAAGGUAGAGAUGCAGGUGGCCUCACGGGACCUGGUGGAAGAACCAGAGCAGGUCGUCCUAAAGGACCAGAGGAAGGAACCAGUAAACAAGGUGGUUCUGGUUUCUGAGAUUGAGAUGAAGAAGUUAGAGCAGGUGGACCCAGUGGAGCAGGUGGACCCAGUGGAAAAAACAGACCAGGUCGUGAAGGAGGCCGAAAGGCAGGUGGACCCAGUGGAAAAAACAGACCAGGUCAUGAAGAAGGCCGAAAGGCAGGUGGACCCAGUGGAAAAACCAGACCACGUCAUGAAGAAGGCCGAAAGGCAGGUGGACCCAGUGGAAAAACCAGACCAGGUUGUGAAGAAGGUAGAGAGGCAGGUGGACCCGCUGAACCUGGUUGAAGAACCAGAGCAGGUCAUCCUAAUAAACCAGUGGAAGGAACAUGUAAAAAAUAGGGUUCGUUUCAUUGAGAAUGAGAUAAAAAAGGCCGAGAGGCAGGUAAACACAGAGAAAAAACCAGACCAGGUCGUGAAGAAGGCCGAGAGGCAGGUGGACCCAGAGGAAAAACCAGACCAGGUCGUGAAGAAGGCCGAGAGGCAGGUGGACCCAGAGGAAAAACCAGACCAGGUUGUGAAGAAGGUAGAGAGGCAGAUGGCCCCGCUGAACCUGGUUGAAGAACCAGAGCAGGUCAUCCUAAUAAACCAGUGGAAGGAACAUGUAAAAAAUAGGGUUCGUUUCAUUGAGAAUGAGAUAAAAAAGGCAGAGAGGCAGGUGGACCCAGAGGAAAAAACAGACCAGGUCAUGAAGAAGGCCGAGAGGCAGGUGGACCCAGUGGAAAAACCAGACCAGGUUGUGAAGAAGGUAGAGAGGCAGGUGGACCCAGAGGAAAAACCAGACCAGGUCGUGAAGAAGGCCGAGAGGCAGGUGGACCCAGAGGAAAAACCAGACCAGGUCGUGAAGAAGGCCGAGAGGCAGGUGGACCCAGAGGAAAAACCAGACCAGGUCGUGAAGAAGGCCGAGAGGCAAGUGGACCCAGAGGAAAAACCAGACCAGGUCGUGAAGAAGGCCGAGAGGCAGGUGGACCCAGAGGAAAAACCAGACCAGGUUGUGAAGAAGGUAGAGAGGCAGAUGGCCCCGCUGAACCUGGUGGAAGAACCAGAGCAGGUCAUCCUAAUAAAGCAGUGGAAGGAACAUGUAAAAAAUAGGGUUCGUUUCAUUGAGAAUGAGAUAAAGAAGGCCGAGAGGCAGGUGGACCCAGUGGAAAAACCAGACCAGGUUGUGAAGAAGGUAGAGAGGCAGGUGGACCCAGUGGACACAGUGUUAAAACCAAAGCAGGUAGGAAAGAACCAGAUUGAAAUAAAGAAGCCAAAUUUAGAGGAGAAAAUGGUCCUCAAAAACCUGGAGAGGAUGGAGAACAAAAGGCUGGAGAAGCAGGUGCUUCAGAUGGACCAGAUGACAAAGGUAGAAGAACGAGUGGAUCAGGUAGGUUUAAAGACUACGGUUAAUAAACCUGAGAAGCAGGUGUGUCUACAGGACAGGCAGGUGGUUCUAGUGAACCGGGUGAAGGAACCAGACAGGGAUGAAGCACCUGAGCACCAGUGGACAGAACUGGAGGAGCCAGCAGCUUUGGAGCACCAAACAUGGAAACUGAAGGAGCAGAACCUGGAUAGAGGAUGCACUGAAGAUCCACUGAAGAACAUCUCCGAGGCGUCUUCAAACAAACCGGACCACGAGCAGCUGCAGGACGACGUUCUUGUUCCCCCCAUCGUCGAAGCCCAACCUGGAGAGUCCGGGGCUCUGAUGGAGACCGCGCGUGAAGAUGAAGGUGUCCCGAUGCCGAAGUCGAGGAGAGCCAGCCUGAGAACCAAACGGUUCCAGUUCUUCAACGCCUGAAGCUGAGGUGGUGACGAUCCGGAGAUCAUCCAAUCACACGCCGACUUUUCCAACAUCAAAAUAACAAUAAAGUGCCUUCAUGAA